AUGUCGUUCGACAACAUCGGGUGCAACAUGAACCUGAGCAUCCACAAGAUAUUCAGCGCACGGUACAGCGCCCCCACCAAAGUGAGUGAUGACUGCAAACCGGUGGCGAAAAAAAGGAGGUGCACCAUCUCACUUGCGAAUGAACCAAACGCACACCAAAGGAACCACAUAGAUUACCUUAACUAUAACUUUAACAAUGCAUUUACUAAGAGGAGGAAGUAUUCCUCCCCCUAUUGCUUGUCCAAUCAGAACAAAAAGUUCACUCCACUCAAAUGCAGAACCCAACUCAGAAGCAGCGUCGAUGAGAGCAUUAAGAAAAGUGCCGCUGUGCGAUCCAUAGUGAAAAAAACGAUGAAAAAAAAUAACUCCGAAAUGUAUGAACACAAUGAAAAAAACUACUUGAAUAUGAGUAAGGCAUACUACCUGAAUAGGCUCGAGGGAGCAGGGAGCACUGGAGAGUUAGCCCAUCCGGGACAGGUAUCAGAGUCAAACCAUACGCUGCAGAACCCACAAAUAACAGGGCAUAAAAGAAAUUUAAACGAAACGUAUAUCUUGAGUAGCACCACCCAGAGUGGGGAUACAAAAGGAUAUGUUAACACAAAUGCAGAUAGCCAAAAUACAUUUAGGGAAACCCUUCCCUUGUAUAUAAACUCCGAGUCCACAAUUUCUAGUUUCAACUUAGAUCGUGAAUUGGAGAAUAAGUUAUACUUAGAAGGAGUUGCACCGAUUGGUAAUGCGAAAGGUGCACUACGUAUUUCCACGGAGGAGACGGAUGUGUUAAAAAAAUUUGACAUGUAUAAGGCGAAUGCCACUGGGAUGGAUUACGGGGUACUCCGUCUUACCCAUCAUAUAGGGAAGGAUGAUGAGGAGAGGGAAAAAAUAAUCGAAAGCCAUCCACGGAAGAGAAGACACACCACGCAGUUUUUAAGGGAACAAAACAGAUAUAAUCACUCCGACUCCAAUUACCUAAAUAAAUAUAUUGAAGGAGAAAAGAAUCACAAGAGCAACACCCGGAGACACAGUGAUGCCAUUAGGUGCAAAUCUCUAAAUGGACUUUACUACAGUGACGUCACAAAUGAACCAAGUGUGUACUCCUUCAGGAGCGAAGCGCUCCCCCAAAGUUACAACAGUAGUCUACGUUUGGAUGGGUCGAGGAAUUCCCAGCAGAAGGAUUGCUCCACCGGGAAGGACUCUGACAACCCUCUCUUCCACACUUGCUUCUUUAAAAACGCCGAAGAGUUCGAAAAUGGCGAUAUAAAGCGGAAGGAGAACGUCGAGCCGAUGAACCCAAACGAAGAAGACUCAGCGCUGAAGAGCGAUGCAGAGUACCUCUUCAGCAGGGGGUUCUUCCAGGACAUCUACACGAACAUCCAACGCAAGGGAGAGUUGAACUUCAUCGAUGAGCUGCUCGAAGCAGACGACGAAUAUUACAUUAGCAAAAGCAAACUAAACAAAAUUAUCGAAAACGCAAAAAACAAGGAAAUGAAAUACCACUACAUCGACCGCAUGUUCCUGUACCGACAUGCGAAAAAUGUAAUAGACGACGCGGAUUAUGAGACAUACAGGAAUAAGUGUAGAAUCCAACACAAGUACUUAGAUGUACCUUUUCCUAAUCUUACCGAAUUAAUGAACCUGAAAUCGGUUGGCAUCUUUGACGAGGUGGACGACACGGAUGAGUACUACCACGCGGAGGUGAAGCUCCUCGAGAAAUACUACUACACGUCCAGGGGGGGUGACCUUCCAGAGGAGGGGGACCUACAGCAGGGAUACAGAGACAAAAUGAAAAUGCCCAUUCCGGCGGCUAUGUCUAUGACAAUGAGCAGAGGCCAGAAGGGAAGUGAUGGAGAGGCAAUUCAAAACGGGGAGGAAGUCAAACAGGAAGAUGGUAUCAUAAAAGGGUCAGUAGUACCAAUGGAAGGACCAUUAAUAGAGGAACAAUGUGGUGGAGAAAAUCCCAUCGAACACACCAACAUGUUGGAAAAGAUGAAUCCGCCUGAGCAGAGAAUUGUGCUCUCAAGUAGAAACGCACCCUUUAACGAUAGCGAAUAUAAUGAGGACCUCUCAGACAGAGAGAAGAGGGAGCAAUUAAUUUGCCUGAUGAAUAAAAUGAAGAGGGAAAAGGAUUCGUUUUUUGAAAGGAUCUUAGAUGCACCUGACUUUUCCAAAAUUCUAGAACCCGUUUUUUCAUUAAACGAAAGCUUCCUCCUCUCACACCAGCUGUUUAAUGUACAGUAUGCAGCGCAACUAGGACCCGUUGUCUAUCUCAUCAAAACGGAGGAUGAACAUUAUGUGUAUAGAGCGAUCGAAGUGAGCAGACUCUUCGAAGAAAAGGUAAAGUCCAUCCUCGACAAUCAGAAGGUUAAUGGCAACUCCAAGGACAGAAAUGAUUAUUAUGACUGCUUCUCCAAUGAAAAGUUCCCCUUUCUACACGAGCUCGACGUUAAGUACUACCUACGCAUACCGAUGAGCACGGGGUGGAACCACUUUGGCUACCUGAAGAACCAAAACAAUGUGCUCUUCUUUCGUAGACGUAAGAAUGCGUAG